AUGAAUCGUCAAACCACUACUCUUGUCAAACUUCCAAACCUGACACAAGUGGAGUUGCACGAAUUGGAUUGUCUGAGGUAUAUAUGGAAGAGCAACAGGUGGACAGCAUUUGAGUUUCCAAACCUAACAAGAGUUCAAAUUAGUUAUUGCUUUAGGUUAGAACAUGUAUUUAAUAGUUCCAUGGUUGGUAGUCUAUUGCAACUCCAAGAGCUAGAUAUUAGUUGGUGCAACCAUAUGGAGGAGGCGAUUGUUAAGGAUGCAGAUGUUUUUGUAGAAGAAGACAAAGAGAAAGAAUCUGAUGGCAAGAUGAAUAAGGAGAUACUUGUGUUACCUCGUCUAAAGUCCUUGAUAUUAAAAUACCUUCCAUGUCUUAAAGGGUUUAGCUUGGCAAAGGAGGAUUUUUCAUUCCCAUUAUUGGAUACUUUAAGAAUUGUGGAAUGCCUAGCAAUAAGGACUUUCACCAAGGGAAAUUCAGCUACUCCGAAGCUAAAAGAUAUAGAAACAAAUUUUGGCACAUUUUAUGCAGGUGAAGACAUCAAAUCCUUCAUAAAUAUCAAACAAGAGGAAUUCAAAAAAGACCAAAAUGCUGAUUAA